GAGUGGAAUCAGUCCUUGUUGCAUUGAGAAAAUGGCAGAGCUGCCCAUUGUGCUCGGAUCGUCGUCCAAGUGGCGCCAGCGCGUCUUCCGAGAGCAUGGCUACACAUUCACCACCAUGACUGCAGACAUUGACGAGAAGGCGGUCAACGCUGGCGCUGGCGAUCGGUCCAAGGCAGACCCUCGCGCACUCACGCUCGCGGUUGCUGGAGCCAAAGCUGCCGCCAUUCUGCCGAAGCUCACAACACCAUGCUUGCUGAUUACGUCCGACCAAGUCGUCGCGUACCAAGGCACGAUUCGCGAGAAGCCUGAAACAGCUGAGGAGUGCCGCCGAUUCCUCAAAUGCUACGAAACCACUCCCGCUGUGACUUGUGCAGCAAUUGUCGUCACAAACACGCUGACUGGACAAGUGUAUCAGGACGUGAGUUUCGCAAGCCAACUCUUCCAUCCCAUCCCCGACGACGUAAUCACCCGCACAAUCGAGCGCGGAGACAUCAUGUCGUGCUGUGGCGGCUUCAUGAUUGACGAUGUCGAGCUCAAGCAGUAUCUCAGCGUCCGUGAAGGGACUGAGGAUUCCAUCAUGGGAUUGCCAAUGGAUCUUGUACAGCGGCUGCUUGACGAAGCACGCCGUGGAUAAAAGGCUGCCCAUGUCUUUGUUUCAACUAAAAUUUCAAAAGUCCCAUACAAAAUCUGACGCUGUGU